CAUGGUUUAGAGGGCAAUAUUAAUAGCAGGUGGAUGGUUGGACUAGAUGAUCUUAGUGAAUCCGUGGUUAUUGAAUUUAUCUAUUUAUUUUGAUGAGGGUGUCACAGGCUUCACUGGACUGGUUUUGAGCAAGAUAUUCCUGAAUGUAAGGUCACUAAGUCUUGACCUGCUGGAGAAAUGAAAAAUGUCUGAUCUAUGAAGAAACAUAAUCGUAUGUUUGUAGGGAGUAAAGCAAUGGAAAACAGUUUUCCUACUGAUAUCCCAUCCGUUUGUUGUCUUGCACAGCAUUAGCUUCAUGGAGGCAGCUCUCAGAUUACGGAGAGAGAGGGAGGGAGGGUUCAGCAGAGCCCCAGGCAUUGCAGGAACAGAGGCCAUCUCUCCAGGACAACUGACAGCUGCAGGAGGGCUGAGUUGCUUGUAGCUGUACUUCAGUACCAUAGUGACUCAUCUUUUGUUACAGUUUUGGAUGGUGAUAAAAAUUGUCAUGCUUCUGGGUGAACAGUUUUAUUUAAGGACCAGAAAUGAAGAGAAAUAACCUGUCAUCCUUUUAUGUCUCUCUCUGGUUGCUGUUCACAGCCACGAUGCUUCAAGCUGUAGAAUCAGCCAAAGGGAAAUAUGCUCAGAUGCUGUUCAAUGAACUGUUUGAAGACUAUUCAAAUGCUCUAAGACCAGUGGAAGACACAGAUAAAGUGCUGAAUGUUACCCUUCAGAUAACAUUGUCCCAAAUUAAAGACAUGGAUGAAAGGAACCAAAUUUUAACAGCUUACUUAUGGAUUCGACAAAGCUGGUAUGAUGCAUACCUCAAAUGGGAUAAGGAUAAAUAUGAUGGAUUGGAUUCUAUCAGAAUUCCAAGCAAUUUGGUCUGGAGGCCAGAUAUUGUCCUCUAUAACAAGGCUGAUGAUGACUUUUCAGAACCUGUGAAUACUAAUGUUGUGUUGAGAUAUGAUGGAAAAAUCACUUGGGAUGCUCCUGCUAUCACAAAAAGCUCAUGUGUAGUGGAUGUAUCUUAUUUUCCUUUUGACAGCCAGCAGUGCAACCUUACGUUUGGUUCCUGGACCUAUAAUGGUAAUCAGGUAGACAUCAUCAAUUCUCUUGAUAGUGGUGACCUUUCUGACUUUGUAGAAGACGUGGAAUGGGAGAUUCAUGGUAUGCCAGCGGUUAAGAAUGUAAUCACUUACGGCUGCUGCUCUGAGCCUUAUCCAGACGUAACGUUUACGCUGAUUUUGAAAAGGAAAUCAUCUUUCUACAUAUUUAAUCUUCUUCUUCCUUGCAUUUUGAUCUCUUUCCUCGCUCCACUGGGAUUCUAUCUCCCCGCAGACUCUGGAGAAAAAGUGUCUCUAGGUGUUACAGUUCUUCUUGCUCUGACUGUGUUCCAGCUGAUGGUUGCAGAGAUUAUGCCUCCCUCUGAAAACGUACCUCUGAUAGGCAAGUAUUACAUAGCAACUAUGACCAUGAUCACAGCCUCCACUGCGCUGACAAUCAUUAUAAUGAAUGUACAUCACUGUGGCUCAGAAGCAAAGCCUGUUCCACAGUGGGCCAGAGUGGUAAUCUUGGACUAUAUGUCAAAAAUUUUUUUUGUUUAUGAUGUGGGUGAAAAUUGUACAAGUCCACGAAGAGAGAAAGAACAAGAACACAGGUUAGAGGGCGGUGACAUGUGUCGGGGGGCAGAUGGAAAGAGUCACCUUUCCAAUGGAAAUGAUGAUAGUGAUCUCAAGGACAAUCUGAAUGGAAAUUUGAAUAAAAGCUUUGGAGUUCAUGGUGAAAAUGAUAGGGAGAAUGUUAAUUGCUGUUCUUGUUACAAAAUGCUGAUUAAAAAUAUUGAGUAUAUUGCUAAUUGUGUUCGAGACCAUAAAGCAAACCGGGCUAAAGGAAUUGAGUGGAAGAAAGUGGCAAAGGUGAUGGACAGGUUUUUCAUGUGGAUUUUUUUUAUCAUGGUGUUUUUUAUAAGCGUGCUUAUCAUUGGGAAAGCAGCUUAGCUGCAGAUGAACGUGUUGUGUAGGUAUGAAUGUACUGAGUCAGCUCCUUUCAGUGGAGCUGUGGGAUAGGUGUGCUUCUGAGGUCUUUGUGUCUUCCGUUCUGUAACAAUAAACUAUUUCAGUAGGCUGCAACACAUGUUGAGACAUUGCUCAACUGAGGGCUUUACUAGUGACUUCAUUGCUAUUAAUAAAGGAGUGCGGCCCAGAUGAGGCUGUUGGAUAAGCAGUCUUUGCUCUGUCUUGAUGAAUGGUGGCCAUGACUGCAGAUUGACCAGGUGGAGCAUUGCAGUGAAGGAGCAGACAGCCUAUCAGGGUACUCUGCAUUCAGAGAGCUGCAUCUCUGCUCCUUGAAACUUAGCUGACCUUUUCUCUCUGCCAGAACAAAGUUGGGGUAUUUGCAAGAUCAUGGCAAUUCCUGGAAUUUAUAUCUAUGUGGCAUUGCCUUAUUAUUAUUAUUAUUAUUUUUUGCCCUUAUUUAGCUUAUU